UAAUAAAACCUUACCAAUCUAUUGAGACAUUGAUGGACCCCAACAAGAGAUAUAGGAGUACUAGUGUAAAGUGCAAUUUCUAAACAAUUCCGUCCGUGGGUGCCCAAAAAAAAUCCAGCAGUAUAUAUAAGAGAAGAGAAGCUGUACUGUGAACAUCUUCUUCUCUCCAUGCUCGCGGGCAGAGAGAGAGAGAAUCUAAUCUUUUGGCCCCCAACAAAAAGAGCAAAGUGACGGUCCUUUCCCUCCGGUUCCUCGUUUUUGUAGUAUUCCGCCAUUAAAUUCUCCGCCUUCCCAAGGGACAACCAUAACUCACCCAGAUACAACAAAAGGGAAGACAUACCGCGGGAGGCAGCUGCGCACACGCCGAACGUCACCCAAGGCAUGGGGGACGCCACCUCCAGCCAUCCCGUUCCUGCACAGUCGAGCUCGGACGCCAGCCACGGCGCCGCGACCGGUGGGUUCAUCGCCCUCGACGUCGCCGCCCUCUCGUCGCUGGCCGGCGACGGCCCGGAAACGAGGCCGGCGGCGCCGCCGGCCUCUACCCCGAGGACGCCUAGGGUGGUGAGGUCGCUGUCGAGGAAGGGGUCAGAAAGGAAGCAGGCCGACGGCGACGCCGCCACUGGCACCACAGGCGCUGACGUUGGGUUUGAUCCGUUUGUGUGCGCAGGAGGCGGGGUGGGGACGGGCGAGCGGCCCCCGCUGUCCCCGCUCUUCGUCCACGUAGCGGCCGCCGACGAGAUGCUCAACGGGCUCCGGCUCGUGAACACGCCGGGGGGCGCCGGCACGCCAGGAGGGAAGUCCAGGCGGCUCGGGCGGCGUCCGGCGCCGUGGCUGGAUCCCCGGAGGGUCGUCUUCCUCUUCGCCACGCUGUCCAGCGUGGGGACGCUGAUCCUGCUCUACUUCACGCUUUCCAUGAGCAAGAUGGACAACGCCGGGAGCGGCACGGGAGCCGACAGCGAUGCACGGUGAAACACCAGCGUCAUCACAGGGUUUUCAACGUGUGAUCUGUAGAGAUUGUGACGGGGACUGAUAUUACCAGAAUUCGGGUGAAAAAUUGUGUGGUGAUAUGAGAAGGCACAAAAGAAUACAUAGCAGACCGCAGACAAGAGAUUAGGCCGGUUGAUGUCCUGAUGGAGAAGUUUGUGAUGGCAGGUCCUCUCUUUCUAUUCUGGUUUCUUCCUUUUUCUUUCUGUUCUCACUGUUCAAAAGAAUACAAGUCGCUUGGCGCGACGACGAUAGGGUUUUCUCCCCUUACACAUACUGCAAACAUAAGCAUACACAAAUAUACACUGAUGUUUUUGGAAUAA